CAACACUAUCUGUUCUCGAUUAUUUUCACCUGAAGGCAAGCUCAUGUGACCUAUGACGCGCAGUUCUUAUCCGAAUCAUAACUUCCUUGUUAUUGACAAGCUUAGCAGAACGAAUAGGGGAUGCGGAUUUACAGACUUCUGUUUCUUUCUAAGAUUACCAAAGAAAGCUGGCUUCUGUAGAGCUUUCUCGAGCUGAAAUGCUGUGCUGGGGUAACACGGCUGCUGGCGAGCUUGGAUUAGGAGACACGGUGAGCACCGUUUUCGAGCCGAGGAGCUGUGAAGUGUUCAAUGGAAGGGGGCUGAAGGAUAUUGCCUGCGGGGGACACCACUCUGUUUUCCUGUUGAGUGAAGGGAGCGUCUAUACAUGUGGCUCUAACAGCUGCGGUCAGCUGGGACACGAGAAGGGAGGCAGCAGACCAGAGGUGGUAGGAGCGCUGGAUGCCCAGAAGAUUGUUGCAGUGUCCUGUGGAAAGGCUCAUACUCUGGCUGUAAGCGAACAGGGCCAGGUCUUCUCCUGGGGAGCGGGUAGUGAUGGCCAGCUCGGUAUUGGCACCACUGAAGAAGUUGUUAAAGUACCAAGGUUGAUUAAGAAGCUGUGUGAACACAGAAUAACUCAAGUAAUGUGUGGCAGCCAACACUGCAUAGCUCUCUCUAGAGAUGGGCAGCUCUUUACUUGGGGACAAAAUACAAAUGGACAGCUUGGCCUGGGGAAAGGGGAGCCCAGUAAACCAUCUCCCCAGCCUCUGAAGUCUCUGUCGGGGAUCCCGCUGGCUCAGAUUGCUGCAGGGGGAGACCACAGCUUCGCUGUCUCGCUGUCGGGGGCUGUUUUUGGCUGGGGGAGGAACCAUGCAGGACAGUUAGGACUCAAUGAUGAACAAGAUCGGGCUGUUCCUUGCCAUAUCAAGUCUUUAAGAUCACAGAAAGUAGUUUACAUCAGCUGUGGGGAAGAGCACACAGCAGCCCUAACAAAGGAUGGAGGUCUGUUUACAUUUGGAGCUGGCUCCCAUGGACAGCUGGGACACGACUCAACAAACAACGAGUUCCUCCCGAGACGGGUCCUCGAGCUCAUGGGCAGUGAGGUCACUCAGAUUGCCUGCGGCAGGCAACACACACUAGUGUUUGUGCCUUCCUCUGGUCUGGUCUAUGCAUUUGGGUGCAACAGCAAAGGACAGUUGGGAAAUGGCUGUGUGGGUAUCGCUAAAAGCCCACAACCUGUUAAAGGGUCCUUGGUUGCCCACAAAGGACAACUUUCACCAUUGCCAGAUAAGUCCGAACAGUAUGCCAUUAGAAGAAUUCACUGUGGUGGUGACCAUAAUUUUUUGAUGUGUUCAAAAUUUGAGAAUUCGGUUACCCCUGAAGAUUUCCGUUUUAUUCAUUGUACAAAGAGUAUCUCAGUAAUAAACAAUGACAAUUUAAACUUGUGGAGACAGAAGCUGAUGGAGAAUAUUGAUUCCAAUGCUGUCAAUGAUAUAAUCCUUCUGCUUUCUUCCACUGCAUGUUGGAACGCAAGUUUUCUUGAUCAAACCAAUGACGGACAUUUUAAAACCAACCCUAAAAUCCCUGGGAUUGAUCUUAACUCAGUCAGGCUGUUAUUCAAGACAUUGAUGAAGCCCCCAUAUUCUAGAUUACUAGAACAGGCAACAAAGAGUUUUGAAAGCCUCUUGAUUCCCCAGCUGUCCUGCUCUCCCCCAGAUGUUGAGGCCAUGCGGAUCUAUCUGAUUCUUUAUGAGUGCCCUGUGCUUAACGACUCCAAGUAUUACAUCACGCUAACAGUUCCUUUGGCCAUGGCAAUACUUCGUUUGGACACAAACCCUAGCAAAGUACUUGAUAACUGGUGGUCUUCAGUGGAUUCUGGAGUUUUUACUCGACUUGUGGAGAUGUAUAAGCGGAUAGUGGUUUUUCUCUUGAGUGGAGGGAAAACUUUGUUAAUCCCUGUGUUUUUAGACAGUUACAUCAGCGCUGCACUUAAACUUUUAGAGAAACUGCACAAGGUGAAUUUAAAGGCUCGGCACGUUGAGUAUGACCAAUUUUACAUACCUGGCUUAACCAGCUUGGUGGAUAUCCAGGAAGACUACCUGAAGUGGUUUUUAAACAUGGCUGAAAAUAACUCUGUGACACUGUGCGCCUACCCAUUUAUAUUCAACGCUCCAGCUAAAACCAAAAUGCUGCAGACAGAUGCUGAGUUACAGAUGCAGAUAGCUGUAAAUGGAGCUAACCUGCACAAUGUCUUCAUGCUGCUGACGCUGGAGCCUAUGCUGGCCAGAAACCCCUUCCUGGUACUCCAUGUGCGCAGGGUCAGUCUGGUCAGCGACACCCUCCGUGAGCUCAGCAUCUGCUCCGACGUUGACCUCAAGAAGCCGUUGAAGGUGAUUUUUGAUGGAGAGGAAGCUGUAGAUGCAGGAGGGCUUACGAAGGAGUUCUUCCUCUUGCUUCUUAAAGAGCUGCUGGACCCAGUCUAUGGAAUGUUCACACAGUACAAAGAAUCAAACCUUCUCUGGUUUUCAGACAAAUGUUUUGUAGAACACAACUGGUUCCACCUGAUUGGUAUAACUUGUGGGCUGGCGAUAUACAACUCUACUGUGGUGGACCUGCAAUUCCCCUUGGCCCUCUACAAGAAGCUUCUGGGUGUGCCGACCACUCUGGUGGACUUAAAGGAACUGUCCCCGACUGAGGGAAGGAGUCUUCAGCAGCUCCUUGAUUACCCUGGAGAUGAUGUAGAAGAGACCUUCUGUCUGAAUUUUGCAAUUGCUAGAGAGAACUAUGGACUGACAGAGGUUAAGGAGCUGGUGCCUGGAGGAGAAAACAUUACUGUGAAAAAGUCAAACAGGCAAGAGUUUGUCGAAGCGUAUCUUAACUACAUCUUUAAUCAGUCUAUUGAGGAGCUGUACCUGGCAUUCUCAAGCGGCUUCCUGAAGGUCUGUGGAGGCAAGGUCUUGUCGCUGUUCCAGCCCUCAGAGCUGAUGGCAAUGGUGGUGGGGAACAACAAUUAUAACUGGGAUGAGAUGGAGAAGAAUGCUGUAUACAAAGGUGAAUACUCAGCAUCACAUCCUACAGUCAAAAUAUUCUGGGAAGUAUUCCAUGGGUUUCAACUGGAGAAGAAAAAGCAAUUCUUGUUGUUCUUGACAGGCAGUGACCGCAUCCCCAUAUACGGAAUGGAGAGCCUGCAGAUAGUCAUUCAGCCCACAUCAGCAGGAGAGCAGUACCUGCCUGUGGCUCACACCUGCUACAACCUGUUGGAUCUGCCCAAGUACCAGACCAAAGAGAUUCUCAGGAGGAGACUUACCCAGGCCAUUGAACAGUAUGAAGGAUUCAGUCUGGUAUAAAAACACAUUUAAAAAAUUGGUUCCAGUUUUUGACUUCUGGACCAGCAAUGCACUUUAUUAGAUAUGUAAAGAAACUUUGGAAAUUAACCAAACAAAUGUGCACUCUGUAUUGUGGGGAGGUGGUAAAGGUUCAUUUAUAUAUAUAAAAAAUAAAAAACACAACAGAAAACUUUGAAAAUCAUUCCCAAAAACUACAUUAUAGUUGGGUGCAUUGGAUCAACCAUUAUAUACCCCUGUAUGUAUUUUGAAUUUGAGAUUUUUUCAUUAUCACAAUGGAAUGCUGGAUAGUAACCCCUCAUUGGAGAUGCCAGCUCAUUUUUUUUUCUUGUUUUUUUGUUCUUUUUCUUGCUUUCAUUCAGUGUUGUUUUGCUGCUGUACUAUUUUUUUGUUCCCCAGAAAAUAAAUGGUGAUCUCUGUGUAUACCAAAUGGCAGAUCCUUCAGAAAGUUACCAGUUAGCGCUAAUUCUGUUUAUUGUUAGAGCAAGUUUCAGUUUCAUUUCUCCUAAUCAUGUGAUAUAAAUAGAUACUCAACUUGGAGUCAGGACAAGUGGUUUACGAGAAUGCACUGUGUGAUCUGCCGGUCCAACAUCACUUUGAUUAAUUCGUAACGCCAACUCUCUCUCUAUCUCUCUCUCUCUCUCAUAUGUAUCUGCUCUCUAGAUUAGGAAUGGGAAUCAUUGAUUCAAAUAGUUAUUGUUUAAGUCCAAUAAGGACAUCACCAUUUCCCAUUUGAAACACCUAAUUUACUUAGACGUUUUAUUAUGUCGUGGUAGUGUCUUCUGUGAGGGAGUAAAUAGUGACACAAGUACUUACUGUAUACAACUCAUGGACUCAUGACUUCACAUCUUUUUUUUUUUUUUUUUUAAGGUGGUACUGUUAGAUUAUGUUUAAGGUUGUAUUGCUUGUUUGUGCUUUACAUUCCUUUUUGUGUCCACAUUUUACAGUUGUGAAUAAACUGUCAAAACAUGUAUCUCACAUAAAUAUUGCCUUUAGGUAGUCAGGCACAAUUCAAUUCAAUAACAUUUUAGUUUAGCAUCUGUUUCUGAAUUAUGUAUAGAAUGCUCCUGAAUGUGAUUUAGUGUGGUCUUGCACAGUGUUCCAGUUGUAUUUUCUCCUCUGUGGAAUUGUCCUGUGUAUCAUUAUGAAUCCCUCUCAAAUGUGUGGUGUUGUUUUUUUUUUGUUGCUGUAUCCAUUUUGUUUAGCUCAUUUUACUUUGUUCUAAUUUCAGUUCUGCAUUUUCAACUAUGUGUUUGGGCUUAAGAAUAGUCAGAGUAAGAAAUACAUGUUUUUUUCAGAUACAUCUGAAUUAGUUAGAAAAGCUAGACUUGAGCAUAACCAGAAUAUAGUGUUAAACAAAUACCUGCUUGGGGUCAGAUAAAUUUAAAACCUUCACACUUAAUCCAUUUGCAUUUUCUCUAUACAUCUCUGUCUCCAGUUUCAAGUUUAUUCCAUGUUUUGAGACAGUGUGUUGAAAGUCCUGGUAUUUUGUGACUGCAUUUUGUCUUUUUUUAUUGAUUUACAACUUUUAUUGCUUAUGGGGAACAAUAGUUUUAAAAUGUUUCAGUAAAUACCAAGUCUGUUGUGUUCAUCAUAUUAUUUAAAGAUUAAAAUGUGAACAUUUAAUAUAGAAAUCCAAUCUUGCUUUGUAAGAGUUCUCUGCACUGUAAUAAAAAGGCUUUUUUAUUGUGUUCAUCAGAUACUGUAUGUUUUAUAUAUAUAAAACUUAAAACUUGAUGAUCUAUUUGCUUUUAUACUUUAAAAAAAAAACCUGAAUAUGUUAUUUUCAUUAUCAAUCUUUUUUUUUCAAAAAUAAACCUAUACAAAACCAUUUGAGUUGUCUAUCAUUUGUUUAAAACAACAUUUGGGCAUACAAUAAUUCUGGUUAUUCUUAGAGAUGGGUGGGUGUAUUAUGCUGCAUAAUGUCAACAAGAGGAUUAAGAGGGCAGCAGUGUGGAGUAGUGGUUAGGGCUCUGGACUCCUAACUGGAGGGUCGUGGGUUCAAUCCCCGGUGGGGGACACUGCUGCUGUACCCUUGAGCAAGGUACUUUACCUAGAUUGCUCCAGUAAAAACCCAACUGUUUAAAUGGGUAAUUGUAUGUAAAAAUAAUGUAAUUGUAUGUAAAAAUAAUGUGAUAUCUUGUAACAAUUGUAAGUCGCCCUGGAUAAGGGCGUCUGCUAAGAAAUAAAUAAUAAUAAUAAAAUAAUAAUUAAAAGUG